UGUUCCUGUUCGUGAUUCGAGCUGCAGGGCUCCGCGCAUUGGUUAUUUCUUGAUCCUGUACUUCGACUGCUUCAUUUCUUGUGUUUUCAAUUGUGCCGUCAUCGCUACGUCGUUAUACAGUGCACUGUCUCGAGUCCUUGGCUUGAAGGAGGAAACAGUGGCACCCUCGGGAGCAGAACGUGCAGUGUCUCUGCGUUCAUCGCACGGCGAACGCAUACACGCUCUCAUAAGCAGGCAUCAUGGCCAUCACGAGACGACAGAUAGUCACAGGCGUCAGCGUUGUGUAUCUUAGCGCGCUGACAGCCCUUGCUGCCUACGCACUCCACAGUGCGCAUGUCUACUCUCUGCCUAUUGCCGACAUCAUAGCUGGUCUCUGUGUGGCUCUCCCACCUCUUGCCGGCAUCGCCCUUGAGGCGGUCAUUGCCUUUAACGAGGGUCUUGCCGCAAAGGGCCAUCUUCAGACGUCACGGGUGGUUCAAAUCACAAUUGUAGCUUUCCUGAUCUUCGAGACCGUUCUUGCGACUCUAGCUGGCACGCACAUUUCGCCACCUGGCAGCUUGGACUGCGCCUUGAGGGAGCAAUGGCAGAGUCUGUUCCGCGCUAGAGAUGCCGAGACCAUCCAGAAGAUCCAGGAUGCUUUCCAAUGUUGUGGGCUCAACAGCCCGAAGGACAUGGCUUAUCCCUUCCCGGGUAACGGACACAACGCCGACGCCUGCAUGGUCCGCUACGAAAGGACUACAGCCUGCAUCGAGCCGUGGCGUGACGAGGAGAGGAAGGUGGCUAUAAUGCUUCUAAUCGUCCCAUUGGCGGUGUUUGUGUGGAAGAUCGCAAUCCUGCUCUCGCCGUCAUCAAGCUCCGCGUGGCUGCCUUCAGCCAUUCGUCUGCCCAACGAACAGGGCAGUGUAGAUGGCGGGCCGAAGCGUCAAGCGAUACAGUAUCGCGACGUUGAAGACGCCGAGGAGGGCAGUGUACGAGCGGAAGUGGACCGGUUGAACCACGAUUCCACGCUAGCGUCGACCAUUGAGGGCAGCAGAUCGCGCUCUAAUGGACCAUGGCGGGAGCAUGAUCGUUGGCGUGAGUCUGGCGAGGAGGCGGACUAACCUCGAUGUCUGUUUCACAGUGCUUUCACUGACGAUCGAGCGUGUUUCUGUUCUCAAGAAUGUGUCUGUACUGCCUAUGUAUCGUUUCACAGCCGCUUUCGUAGGCAACGCAGAUCGCUUUUGCGAGCCUUGCAAGACAUCUUUACAACCCCCAAAUUGCACACGCAACGCACCAGACACCUGGUGAAGCCGACCGUGAGGAGCUUGCUCACAGGCCCUCUUCCAUGCCUACAUCUUUCCACCAUCCCGGCUUUCCUCCAACGCCCUCCCGGCUGCCCAUCAUGCUUUCCGCGUCACCUACCUGUCUCCUUUCGCUAACUUC